AUGUCUGCUUCCUUGUCAGAACCAUUAAGAGCCACCAAAGAUAGAGUCAGGCUUUGUACACAACGCCGUGUAGCACCCCGUUCUCGCAUGUAUCUGGCACACAAGACUGCUAUGGCUCGACUGGAGGUCGAUCUGCAAAGUUGGGCAAGAACUCCUGUGGCACAGGCAGCAUGUGUACCUGCCCCCAUGGAUGAUUUCGCACCAAAGGUCGACUGCGUCUACCGUGCACGAAGACCGAAUUAA